AAUACUAAGAAAUACAUUAAAAAUUGUUAUUUCUGUCAAGUAAAAUCAUCCUGGUGAGGCUGGUAUAAAAUGUGUUGUCACGCCUUUUUUUCACCAAUUGCCAUUCUCAAGUUGAAGAAACAAGAACACUGAAUAGUAAAGGAAUUGAAGUAAAAAUUAACUUGAUUUUAACUUUCAGAAAUUAAAGUAAUGACUCGGUUAAGCAGCGCAAUUGGAGCAAUUUGUCUGUUGAUCGCUCUUUCUAGCGAUUGGCUGAAUGUGGCAGAUGGGUGUGUUCGCAACAGAUUUCGUGUGGGGAGAGGUACAAUUGGUGUAGGGGGCCCUAGUGAGGCAGGAGGCAGUGGACUCUAUGUUGGAGUCAGAUAUACAUUACCAUUUCGAAGGCGCCGCUCAGCAGAGCAAAAAGCUGACUACAGUGAUGUUUUCAAAGUGUGUGACGCUAACGCUGAUGACAAGUUGACUCUUAAUGAGUUUAAAAACUGUUUCCCUCAGCCCAGCCGUGUGUUGAUUAAAACCUUCAACAGCCUUGACAGUAAUAAAGAUGGCGCACUUAACUUACACGAGUUUGAAAAUGCAUACUUAAACCUGGGAGAUAAAGCUGAUGCCAACUGUCAUACAAAUAUGCUACAGAGAUGUGGCUACAGUUUCAUGCUCUACUCCCACGCUAGAGUUCCCAGCCAAACAACCAUGUGUGGAGCCUUACAGGAGUACAUAGACUGUGUGGGGUUGAAGAGUCAGACAUGUGACACAGAUGAGACCAAGCAAUACACCGCUAUGUUAAGUGAGAUGGUCACAACCACACGUGAAGAUGGCAUUUGUCCCAACAUCAAAACAGAUGACCUUGGCAGCACCACAGAUGUGAACUUGCAUGAGCUGCCUUGUAGCAAGUCUGCCAUUAUGCUCUGCGAUGUCGGUUUCAUGGAGGACCUUCACAAAGGAGUUGAUGCAUGCAUCGCCCUGGAUGCCUACGAGAAAUGCCUAUUUGAGAGCCACCUGGGUUGUGAGGAUAAACCAUCAGAAGAAGCGCUUAAAGGGGCACAGGACAUUCUGAAAGCUUAUCUGUCAACUGGAAUGUGCA